AUGCAGGCUGAGUACAAUGCUGAUGUAGAGGCAUUUAGAGAGCUAGAGUAUCCUAUGCUCAAAGAUGCUAUCUAUCUCGACCAUGCUGGAACCACACUUCACUCGAAGUCUUUCAUGGAGAAGUUCAUGACUGACAUGGUAUCAAAUCUCUAUGGAAAUCCACAUUCUGCUUCACCCUCCUCCCAAUUGACCACGAGUCGAAUUGAAGAUAUACGCCACAUAGUGUUACAGUUCUUCAAAGCGGAUCCCGAUGUAUAUGAUGUCGUAUUCAUCGCAAAUGCUACUGCUGGAAUCAAGCUAGUUAUGGAAGCUAUGCGAGAAUUAGACGGAGGUUUCAAUUACAUUUAUCACAGAGACUCUCACACGAGUGUGGUUGGCGUUAGAGAAAGUUCUGCAAACUGUCGUUGUCUUGAUGAUGAAGGCGUCGAAAACUGGUUACAGGGGACCAGAGACACAGAAGAAUCCGGUGGAAGUUCUCUCGCUACGCUCUUUGCGUACCCAGCACAGUCCAAUCUGAAUGGCCGACGACUUCCUCUUUCCUGGAUCAAGCGAUCCAAGGAGCUUGCCACGGCGACGUCAAGCGCUCCGUAUACGUUACUAGACGCUUCUGCUCUUGUUUCCACUUCUCAAUUAGAUUUGAGUGACAACGAUAAUGCGCCGGAUUUUACUGUCCUAAGCUUUUAUAAAAUAUUCGGUUUUCCAGACCUCGGAGCUUUGAUUGUUCGAAAACAGUCUGGAAGGAUUCUACAAGCACGAAAGUAUUUUGGUGGAGGUACAGUUGAUGUCGUGGUGUCAGUCAAAGAACAAUGGCAUGAACUCAAAGGGCAGUCUCUACAUGAAAGUCUUGAAGAUGGCACUUUACCCUUUCAUAGCAUCAUGGCAUUAGACUCGGCAAUGGAAGUCCAUAAAAUACUGUAUAAGUCUAUGGACCGCAUCGCGAAGCAUACUGCGUUCUUGGCGAAAAGAUUGCAUGAUGGAUUAGCAUCGCUUAGGCAUGCUAAUUCUGAACCCGUCUGUGUGAUUCAUUCUGCAGGAUUCGGCUCGAAUAUCACCAGCGAGAGGCAAGGUCCUGUUGUAGCAUUCAACAUUCGAAACAGUCAUGGUGCUUGGGUCAGCAAUGUUGAAUUUGAAAGAUUAGCUGCCGUACGCAACUUCCAUAUUCGAAGUGGUGGACUGUGCAAUCCAGGUGGCGUUGCCACAUCCCUAGAACUUGAGCCAUGGGAGAUUAGAAGAAAUUUCUCUUCGGGAUUUAGAUGUGGUGUUGAAAGUGAUAUCUAUGCUGGCAAAAUCACUGGUAUACUGCGCGCAAGUCUGGGCGCUAUGAGUACGAUCGGCGACGUUGAUGCUUUUGUCGAAUUCGUAAAAGAAUUUUACGCAGAAUCCAUUUCCAUGCCUGUACCUUUCGAGCUCAAUCCUUCUGAAGACUCGGGGAAGCUUUACGUCGAGAGUCUCACCAUCUAUCCGAUAAAGAGCUGCGGAGGUUUCAGUAUACCACCAGAUACACAGUGGGAUGUUAAGCCGGAAGGUCUGGCCUGGGACAGGGAAUGGUGUCUAAUCCAUAUGGGCACCGGGCAAGCUCUCAGUCAAAAGAGACAUCCCCGAAUGGCACUCAUUAGACCCAGUGUUGAUCUUGAGACGGGUCAGUUGCAUAUCAGCUACAAUAGAGACCCUUCGAGCAUGACUGAGCAAAUAUCAAUCCCACUCUCAGCUCAUCCGGCAUAUUGUACGUCCAUACAGAACCAGAAAUGCUUAUCUUCUCGGGUAUGUGGUGAUAGCAUCGUUGCACAAACCUACAAUGCGGAGGUUAGUGCAUUUUUCUCCGGGAUACUUGAUGUCCCAUGUACACUUGCAAGAUUUCCUGCUGGUGGCUCAGGUAGUGGCACGAGACAUUCCAAAGCACAUAUGCAAAAACACCAGCGACAAGCAAAACACUCUCUUCAGAAAGAAACCAUGCCAGGUGCAUUUCCUUGUCCUCCUACGCCUCCAGAUUCCGAUAGCGAAGUCUCAAGAAUGCCUAUUCUAUUAUCUAACGAGAGUCCUAUUCUUGUCAUCAAUCGAUCAAGUCUCGACUCGCUCAAUUCGACUAUAAACAGAUCAGGAGGCAAAAGCGUCGCUGCUUCUGUCUUUCGUGCGAAUGUGGUACUUGGGUCAUACGGGGUAGAUGCACCCCAGCCAUACGCCGAAGAUCACUGGAGCUCCCUCAGAAUUGGCCAGCAACAUUUCAAAAUGUUAGGAUCAUGUCGGCGCUGUCAUAUGAUUUGCAUCAACCAAGAAACAGCUAACAAAGAUGAAGAGCCAUUCGUAACGCUGGCGAGAACGAGGAGAUUUGAAUCAAAAAUAUUUUUCGGUUCGCAUAUGUGCCAUAUACAACAAGCAGAUGGAACCAAGUUAAGUCAAUGUCCCACUAUAAAGGUUGGGGACAGUGUGACUGCAACUACAGUAGAAGACUGA